AUUCCACCCUUUAUUCUUCCUUUCUGUUCCGCCUCUUCUCUCUCCUUCUCUCUCUCUCCACCGCCGUGUGGGCGUCGUUUCUCUCCGUUGGAACUCACACUCUCAAACCCUACAACGUGUUUCUUGAAUUCACGGACAAUCGAUUCGGGGGGUCUGCGCUUCUGUCAUCGGAUUUCAAAAUUUUCCAGAAAUUCUGCUAGAAUGGCAAGCUCUACCACCAGCAAUGUUUAUAUCCACGUCAUCGAGGACGUCAUCAACAAGGUCCGCGAUGAGUUCAUCAACAACGGCGGCCCAGGCGAGGGCGUACUCAAUGAGCUGCAAGGAUUAUGGGAACUGAAGAUGAUGCAAGCUGGAGCAAUUUUGGGUCCCAUAGACAGGUCGGCAACGCAAAAGUCAGGGGCAGGUGGUCCUAUCACGCCUAAUCCUGUGCAUGAUCUCAACGUACCCUAUGAAGGCACUGAGGAGUAUGAGCCUCCAACUGCUGAUUUACUCGUUCCCCCUACUCCAUUGCAGACUCCUAUGCAGACACCAUUGCCAGGAACUGCACAGACACCAUUACCAGGAAUGGCACAGACGCCAUUGCCUGGAACAGCACCAACUCCUCUUCCUGGAAGUGAUAGUAGUUCAUUGUAUAACAUCCCCACUGGUGGCACCCCAAUCACUCCCAAUGAGUAUACAUCUACUAAUGAAAACGGUGUUCCUGAGGUAAAAGCUGGACCUGGAAGACCUAGCCCCUAUAUGCAGCCACCUUCGGCUUGGAUAAACCAAAGGCCUCCGCUUGAUGUGAAUGUUGCUUAUGUGGAAGGCCGGGAAGAGAGUGAGAGGGGAGCCCCUCAUCAGCCAACAACUCAGGACUUUUUCAUUUCUUCCGGAAAGCGUAAACGUGAUGACUUGCCUCCUCAGUACCGUGCUGGUGGAUACAUCCCACAACAAGAUGGAGCGGGAGACAAUAUAUCAGAUGAGGACAAUCGAUCACAGAAUUUAAAGGUGGUUCAAGGGGGUAACCAACAAAUGUUUUUUCAAGUGGGGACAAUGUCUUCUAGGAUUCCUCAGUUGGAUGGUCCAAUACCUGAUCCAUAUGAUGAUGUGCUUUCGACACCCAAUAUAUAUAAUUAUCAAGGAGUUGUCAAUGAAGACUACAAUAUAGUGAACACGCCUAUGCCAAAUGAGAUGCACGCAGCAACUCCUGCUCCUGUUCAGAAUGACACUGGAGAUGAUGAUGAUGAUGAACCCUUGAAUGAAGAUGAUGAUGAUGAUCUAGAUGAUGUGGACCAAGGGGAGGAUCUGAACACGACACAUUUGGUUCUCGCUCAGUUUGACAAGGUUACAAGAACCAAGAGCAGGUGGAAAUGCACAUUGAAGGAUGGCAUUAUGCACAUAAAUAAUAAGGACAUUCUGUUCAACAAGGCCACCGGAGAAUUUGACUUCUAAUUUUGUUCGAGAAAUGCCAAAUGGCGGCCACGCUCAGUUCAGGAAAACCAGAGAUAUUUCUUAUCUUUUUUAUAUUGUCUUUGGUCUCAUAUUGAAUGAGGACUCGAGAAAAUCAGAAUGAGUUGUGAUGGCCACAUGUACAUACAGAGUUUUGGCUCCAGUGGAUUGAGUUUAAAGCUCAAGUAUCUUGACUCAUGUAAAAUUUCAUUUACGUAUCCUUUGAAGAUUUUGUUAUUGAUGCCAAUUUUACUUUGUAUUAGUAACAAUUACGCUCGCACUUGAUGUGGUAAAUUACGUCUCAUAUCUUUGUGGUUUUCCA